AUGAUUGAUUGGCUUCGACCGGAUGAUUUUGACUUCAAUGAGGCACCGCUGAACCAGUGGUAUCACGCAGCGACAGCGAUCGUGAGUUACCUGGUGUUGAUUCGGUGGAUUGAGAGGCGUGCGUUGGAGAGGGGUGUGUCGGCGAAGACCAUGGACUUGGUUCGACGGGUGCAGGCUGUGCACAACUUGGCGUUGUGUCUGGCGUCAUUGGCGAUGGUUUUGCUCAUGUCGUACACGAUUGUGUUGUAUGACCUGCGUUUCUUCCCGAACGACCCGGAUACCGAUACGGACUACCUCAUCUGUCCGACGAGUCCCACUCCUCAUCAGGGCCGUAUAGGUUACGUAGUGUAUUUAUUCUACGCGUCAAAGUAUUGGGAGUUGCUAGACACCAUUAUCCAAAUGGUAAAGGGGCGGCGCCCCCCCUCGUAUAACUUCCACGUGUGGCAUCACACGUGUUAUCUCGCCAUCUGUUGGGCGUAUAUGAAAUACCGCAGCUCUCUGUCUGCCCUCGCGGUCAUCGUUAACGGCAGCGUCCAUGUAGUCAUGUACUACUACUACUACCUCCAAGUCCGGGGUAAACCAGUACAUUGGAAGCACUGGAUCACUCGGAUACAGAUCAUUCAAUUCAUCGCCGGCUACGUCUUCUUCUUAACCACCGUCAAACGCAUCUAUUGGGACCUCCAAGACUGCAACGGCAAACUCGUCCUCUUCAUUCAUGCAGGCUUCAACAUGACCAUGCUCGUCGGAUUCGUCCAAAUUCUGCUCAGAAUCAAACGAGAACAGAAACAGGUCAACAAGAAACUGCAAUAG